GACCACCGAGUCUUACUGAGGUUUCUCUUUUCUCAGGUCUUGCACUGACAGACAUGUAUAAAUAUUAACUGUGUGUGCCUGAACUGACAAGCUGGCAUGAUGAGAUGGCAUGCUGAGACUGCUAUGCUGAGACUGGCAUGAACUGGGAGCGGAAACUUCGAAACCCCACUUUGCUGCAUGCGCGCAAGGCUGUGUUUUGUGCCAUUCCUUCUGUUUCUAUCUUUUUCCUUUGUUUGCCUUUCAAUGUAUCCUUCCCUUUACGUCUUUCAUUUUUGUGUACAAUAAAGCGUUCAACGUACAGAAGCAUGUGGGAGUACAAAGACCGCUACAGUUUCGAAGUCCGUGUUGGACAUUGAAGUCUCAUACCUACAAGGAUCGGCUCAUCUCUCUGCUGCUCAGUCUAUUGAAUUAUUGUACAAAAUGGAUGUCAAGUCGCUGAAAGGUGCCAGGGCUAAGAAGCUGGGAAACCUGACCAGGAUCAGGAGACGUGCCUUCAUCAUCAUCGAUGCAAAGGGAAGCCGCACCCAGCUAAGUGAGCUAUUGAAGGAUCUGGAUCAGGCCUUGGAGGCAAUUCAGGAGGUGAAUGAGCAGUAUGUGUCAUUGCUGACAGAAGACGUGGAGCUCGAAUCAGCUGCAGUGUACAUGAAGGAUGUAGAGAAACAAUAUGAGGACGCUGUUAGCAGAAUCGAAGAGCAUUUGAUCAGCCGGAAGGACGAGGCACCAUCUGUGGCAUCUGGCAGCCAUGUCUCCAAUUCCAAGUCCACGGCAUCUGACAGAGCCAGGAUUGCAGCAAAGGUAAAGCGUCUUGAAGCUGAGCAACUUGGACAACGGCUGGAGUUGCAAAAGCAAGAACAGGAAAUACAGAGGAAACUUCAGCUACAGGCGGCAGAGGACGCCAGAGCAGCUGCUGAACUCGAGGCCCAGCUUCUGUGCGCCGCAGAGACUGGGGAUGAUCUUAACAGGGAUCGGAUGGAUGACUUUGUUGGAGAACCCGCGGCUCAGCUUCCCACUGACUGUCCUGGGCUGGAUCGUGGCUCUGCUGUGGAACCUGCGACACUGGGUUCAGACCUCCCCCAUUGUCUCAAUGUACCACGUGAUCGUUCUGAACGUCCCCAUCCUGAUCAGUGUCCUGUUACAGCUGGUGUAGCUGACGCUGCUGUGACCAGUGCUGGUGUCAAUGUACCCACUCGGAAUGGGAAUGAGCUUACCACUGAUGGAGCCAACCAGCAUCCAGGUGCUUCUCAACUACAAACCCGUGGUGUUUCAGAACCACUGCUUCACUGUGCCCUUCCCCGACUCACACUUCCGAAGUUUGAUGGUAAUCCGGGAGAGUGGGUGAAGUGGUUUGCGCUCUUUCGCACCCUGGUACAUGAUCAGGAGAUGCUGACGCCCACUGAAAAGAUGAUUCAUCUUCAGUCUGCAGUAACCGGAUUGGCGCAACAGACCAUAAAGGGGCUGCUGUAUGAUGGGAAUUUGUACGGUGAGGCGAUCAAGAUGCUCCAGGAAAGAUUCGGCAGACAGGAGGACAUUGUGAGCUCAACUCUGGAGAAGGUGUUUGCAUGUCCCUCUCCUUCUCUGCAGGACCCGAUCAGCCUAGAAAGAUUCCAGUCCACAAUCCAUUGCGCCAUAGCUGUGUUUGAAAGUAUGAAAUACGAUGGGGACCUGAACAGUUUUGAGAAUCUGAGGCGUGUCGUGCAAAAGCUGCCUUCAGAUCUCAUGAAAAGGUGGAGUGAACAUGUUCUGAGUCUCGAGCCUGCAAGACCCAGUCUUCUGCACCUGGAUUCCUGGUUGCGCAGGCAAGUCAGGAUAGCCCUGAACUAUGCUGCUGUCUCGAAGCAGCCUGGCAGGCAGCCAACAGGAAGAAGUGCCAACGAGGGGAGGAAACAAGGAGGCGCCAUGGAACGGACAGUCCAGCGAACGGCACUGGUGACGGAGGCUCAGCACAUGUCGGGCAAGGUCUGCAUCUGCUGUGAAGCUCUCCAUGAUGUAACAACCUGUCCCACGUUCCUCAGCAAGCCUGUGGACGAGAAAGCCAUCCUUGUCUCCAAGUCCGGAGCAUGCUUCUUCUGCCUGAGGAAAGGUCAUGCAGUCAGACAUUGUCGUUUUGCAAAACGAUGUAACAUCGAGGGUUGCAAGAUGAAGCACCACAGGCUGCUGCAUGGCAGCAAGAGGGUCGGCGUUCAGUCCAGUAGCCAGGUGCCAGGCUCUGAGCUGGACGGACAGCGAGUGGUUGCUGCCGCAUCUCUGGGUGGCAAGCCUGUAACAACUCUCCUGCAGGUGGUGCAGGUCACUAUUGUCGGCAAAGGUGGUAAGACCAGGAAGGUGUGUGCGCUCCUUGAUCCUGGCUCUCAGACGUCCCUGGUUGCAGAGGAUGUUGUUGAAGAACUUGGUCUGGAGGGAGAGCAGCAGACACUUCGGCUGCGAAACGUGGAAGGCAGUGGCUCCCAGCAGAGGACGAGGAGGUUGCAGUUGCAGCUGAUCACUGACGGAGAUGAAGGCUACGCAGUCGUAGUGCCGGAAGCCUUCUCAGUGAAGGAAAUCAAUCUGACGGUGCCUCACUUCCCAGUGAAGCACUGGCAUCAUGUCCAGGGCCUGAAGCUACCGGACUGCCGUGGACGGAAGGUAGAGCUCCUCUUAGGGGCUAACGUCAUCGAGGCAGUUCUCCAGCUCGAGGUGAGGACAGGAAACCCAGGGGACCCUGUAGCAAUCAGGACUGUCUUCGGUUGGACGCUCACCGGAUCUGUGGCUGAGCUUGUUCCCAGACAGGUGCGAGAUGUGAUGUUGAUUCAUCGGGCCACUGAGGAAUCGGAUCUUUGUGAUGCUGUGAAGGAUUUCUGGGCUACUGAGUCGUUCGGCAGUAUGUUUGAAGGGCAAGUGUCUCGUUCACGUGAUGACAUCCGAGCGCAGGCUACUCUCAACGAGAUGACUAAGCUGCGAGAUGGUCACUAUGAGGUCGGAUUGCUGUGGAAGAAAGACGGCGUGAAGAUGCCUGACAACAGGAAGAUGGCCGAGAGAAGACUGCAAUCGUUGGAGAGGAGCCUGUCUCGUGACCCAGCAAAAGCUGCCGCUUAUGAAGACGUUCUGAUGGGCUAUGUGACGAAGAACUACGCCCGCAAAGUGUCACCGGAGGAGCUGGCCAGGCCCAGCGAAAAGAGAUGGCUGCUCCCCCAUCACGCGGUAAGCAACCCGAACAAGUCGAAAGUCCGCGUAGUGUUCGACGCCGCUGCCCGCUGUGAAGGAAUCUCCCUCAACGAUGCCCUCAUCACCGGCCCUGAUCUCCUGCAAAGUCUGGUUGGUGUUCUGAUCAGGUUCAGACAGGAGAGAGUGGCGCUCGUGGCCGAUGUGGAAGCAAUGUUCCACCAAGUGCGGGUGAGAGUGGAGGACCAGCCGGCGCUGAGCUUCUUGUGGCGGCACAUGGAUAGGAGCAGGCCUCCAGAUACAUAUCAAAUGAUGGUCGUCAUAUUUGGCGCCCGAUGUAGCCCGACCCUGGCCAACUACGCUCUACGAAGAACGGCGGAGGACCACAAGGAGGACACAGAUGAGUCGAGAGCCACUGUUGAAUCUGUCAAGCGCAACUUCUACAUGGAUGACCUGCUUGUUUCGGUUCCAGAUGUAGAACAGGCGAGGAAGAUGCGUACGAACGUGACUGAGCUGGUGGCCAAGGGCGGUUUCCGUUUGACGAAGGCCAAGCUGCUCGUCCAGCACCUCUGGAAGCUGAAGCUCGACUGGGACUGCCAGCUGAGCGGAGAAGAACUCCUGGCUUGGGAGAACUGGUUGUCGGAGAUGCCUCAUCUCGAGACCAUCGAGAUCCAGCGAUGCUACGCGGCUGAUGUUCCGCCGGAUGCGUGCUGCUCGAUGCUCGACCUGGAGAAGGCUCGGGCUGCUGACGUACGGCAUGGCCGCGUCCUGGAGCUGAGGGGUGGCGGCGUGCUGCGCUGGACCUGUGAUCGGCUGUGUGCUCGGGACUGGUUCCGAGACCUGGCCCGCCGCCGACGGGGUCUCCUGAGCUCUGGCCGCUGA